UCAACUUUUGAAAUGCUCCAGCCUGAGAAUCAUUCUCGACGACAAAUAUCGCAACAUAUCAUGACGCGUAUGCGGAUAAAAGCAAUACGAAGCUUGCGCCGCCCCAGGAGAAUUCAGAGAUACUCCGCCGCUUGCCUUACAGUCACAGUGAAUUAUGUGAGAUUGAAGAUUGAACCGUUCACACUAGGCGCCUUGACAACUAUAUAGUUCGUGUAACGUACAUUUGCAUUUAUCUCUAACCUUGCUUCCCGAAUUGCUGAGAAUCGCCCUUCCUGAAAUCUAUGUCUGAAAGCGACAGCCGUUUUUUAGUUGGGUCAUGGGUUGAAGCCAUCAUCGGGAGAUUCCUACGACGGCUACCUCUUUCGGGCUGGUGGCAAGAUCAGGUGCACUCCGCCGACCGUCAGACGAAAAGUGGUGAUCUUACGGGACAGGUAGAACGAACGGAAUCCUACCCUACAGCAUAUGGAGGGUAUUGUGAUGUGUGGAAGUGCGUCUGGAGGAAGGUUUCCGGGGCCACAGAGGUAGCAGUUAAAUCUGUUAGGAUACACGGAAGCGAUUUAGACAGGGAAAGGAAGAGCAAGAGACUGAGUAGAGCAAUUGAAGGAUGGCUGGGGUUGGAUCACGAUAAUGUUAUUCCAAUUUUCGGGAUGGCACUUGGAUUUGGUCCAUUACCAGCCUUGGUAUGCCCGUGGAUGUCGAAUGGCACUCUGACACGUUACUUGGAGCAAAACCACCAUCAAAUCACUGCCUCAACCCGAAAGGCAAUGCUCUUGGAUGUCAUUUCCGCAGUACUUUAUCUGCAUGAUCAUGGUGUUAUCCACGGAAGUCUGUCUGGGUCGAAUGUUUUUAUUAACGAUCUCGGACGAGCAUGCGUGGCUGACUUCGGGAUGGCAGCUCUACUAUUGGAGUUUUCUAGCGAGUCUUAUUUCUCUUCUUCCAUUGGAGAGGCAGUGAGAUGGAUCGGACCAGAGCUUUUCCAAGUUCCCGACGAAUCAAGCAAUUAUGUGGGCUUUCCUAGUACUCAAGGUGACGUAUAUUCCUUUGGAUGUAUCAUGCUUCAAGUUCUUUCUGGCAAAAUCCCUUAUCAUUACUUCCAGCGUGAUACACAGGUCUUCUUUGCGAUAUCCACAGGCGUCAAACCAAUACAUCCAGAGACUUCCUGCGUUAAUGAUCCGCAAUGGAAUGUUAUCCAGCAAUGCUGGUUGGCUCCCCAACAACGCCCCACUAUGAAAAACCUCCACCAUCUCCUUAAUGAACUAGAGUUCUGAGCAUGCAUGCUUGUUACGACCUUAUGAACCUUGUCCCGCGCUACACGAACCGGAGAUGAGGAGCUUGGGCUCCUGGAGUCUGCGUGUUAUUCAUUCCAUAUUCACUUCAUGUCCGUUCUAUACUGCAAUGGUGAUAUUGCUGUCGACACUGCCCAAGAGACGCUGACCCUCAGUGUCGCAUCAGCAUGUUUUUCCAAGACAUCCCUGCACAGAUUCACGAGCGUCAAGGGCACGAUGGGUAUGCAUGUUGAGGUAUCUGAUAACAAAUUACGUGACCUAUAUCCGACUUCGGGAUUUACUUGCAUCUAUGUUUGAGACUUGGGAGACACUUCAGACUGAUGGAUGCUUUUGGGAUAGUUCAGGGAUAUUCUCGUAUACCACGCACCAUUGGGUGACGUUUUGUGGCGAUGGAACAUGAAUGAAUACCGG